UGGGAAGAAAGAUAUAAAUAGAACCAUGAUAUUCAACAGCCCAACCACCUCUAGAAAACAAGCCUACACAGCAACACAGCCAUGAUGAAGAUUAAUCCAUCAGCUUCACCCUUGUACAUGCUAUCUUGCCUGGUGAUGUUAUUGCUUCUCCCUUUGCCUUCCCUCUUGGCUGCUGACCCUGACCCAUUACAGGACUUCUGCGUUGCUGAUUUGAGUGCCUCUACAUCAGUUAAUGGCUUUCUUUGCAAACCUGCAUCAAAUGUAAGUUCAGAUGAUUUUUUCUUUGAUGGACUGAGCAAAGAGGGAAACACAACAAACGUCUUUGGCUCAAGAGUCACCGCUGCUAAUGUCCUUUCAUUUCCUGGGCUUAACACUCUUGGGAGUUCAAUCAACCGAGUGGACUUUGCCCCUGGAGGAAUUAAUCCACCACACUCUCAUCCUCGUGCAAGUGAGACUGGUGUGGUCAUUUCAGGGCAGCUGCUUGUGGGAUUUGUGACAACUGGGAAUGUGUAUUUCUCAAAAGUUAUUAGUGCUGGGCAGAUCUUUGUGAUUCCUAGGGGACUCGUGCACUUCCAAAAGAAUGUUGGACAAGAGAAGGCCCUUGCCUUCACCUCUUUCAACAGUCAAUUACCAGGGGCUGAUGUCCUCCCAUUGAAUCUCUUUGCUUCAACACCACCGAUUCCAAACGACGUGUUGACAAAGGCCUUCCAAGUAGGAGACGAUGUUGUCAAUUCCAUAAAGUCCAAGUUCGGUUCUUAAGCUGAUGCCUUCCAGGCAAAUUGGCAAAUAGGCAAAUAUCAUGCCGAAUGUAUUCUAAUAUGAAGAUUGUGUAAUAAAGCUUUUGAUAAAGCCUGCUUCCAUCUU